AUGGAGAGAGAAAGUGAUUGGAAAGAUGAGAAUGUUAUAGAAGGAGCAUGGAGAGAGAGUGAUUGGAAAGAUGAGAAUGUUAUAGAAGGAGCAUGGAGAGAGUGUGAUUGGAAAGAUGAGAAUGAUAUAGAAGGAGCAUGGAGAGAGAAUGAUUGGAAAGAUGAGAAUGUUAUAGAAGGAGCAUGGAGAGAGAGUGACUGGAAAGAUGAGAAUGUUAUAGAAGGAGCAUGGAGAGAGAGUGACUGGAAAGAUGAGAAUGUUAUAGAAGGAGCAUGGAGAGAGAGUGAUUGGAAAGAUGAGAAUGUUAUAGAAGGAGCAUGGAGAGAGAGUGAUUGGAAAGAUGAGAAUGUUAUAGAAGGAGCAUGGAGAGAGAGUGAUUGGAAGGAUGAGAAUGUUAUAGAAGGAGCAUGGAGAGAAAGUGAUUGGAAAGAUGAGAAUGUUAUAGAAGGAGCAUGGAGAGAGAGUGAUUGGAAGGAUGAGAAUGUUAUAGAAGGAGCAUGGAGAGAGAGUGAUUGGAAGGAUGAGAAUGUUAUAGAAGGAGCAUGGAGAGAGAGUGAUUGGAAGGAUGAGAAUGUUAUAGAAGGAGCAUGGAGAGAAAGUGAUUGGAAAGAUGAGAAUGUUAUAGAAGGAGCAUGGAGAGAGAGUGAUUGGAAAGAUGAGAAUGUUAUAGAAGGAGCAUGGAGAGAGAGUGAUUGGAAGGAUGAGAAUGUUAUAGAAGGAGCAUGGAGAGAAAGUGAUUGGAAAGAUGAGAAUGUAAUAGAAGGAGCAUGGAGAGAGAGUGAUUGGAAGGAUGAGAAUGUUAUAGAAGGAGCAUGGAGAGAGAGUGAUUGGAAAGAUGAGAAUGUUAUAGAAGGAGCAUGGAGAGAGAGUGAUUGGAAAGAUGAGAAUGUUAUAGAAGGAGCAUGGAGAGAGUGA